AUGGGGCCAGUGGAGUUGCCUCCAGGCAUUGGAGUUAGGCACCAGAGCCCGGCCAGGGACUGAGCACCACAGCGAUGCGAACAUCAGAUGGGGUAUAGGCUCCAGGGAGACUUUCUGAAUUCCUAUGUCCAGAUGCUCACCCAAAACAUCUCCCUGAUAAACACACCGGACACCGCUCUCAAGGUGUUGAGCAUCCUGGCCACGUUCGUCUGCGUGUGCGGCAUGAUGGGCAAUGGCCUGGUGGUCUGGCUGCUGAGCUGCCCAGGGCAGAGGACCCAGUUCUGCACGUACAUCCUCCACCUGGCCGUGGCUGACUUCCUAUUCCUCCUCUGCACAGCCGUCACCCUCUAUCUCGACCCCACCCUGCUGGCCUAUGAGGUGAUGGAGAGAGCGAGGUCCUUCACCUACACCACCAGCCUGACCCUCCUGACGGCCAUCAGCAUGCAGCGCUGCCUGUCUGUCCUCUUCCCCAUCUGGUACAAGUGUCACCGGCCCCAGCACCUGUCAGCCGUGGUGUGUGCCCUGCUCUGGGUGCUGUCCCUCCUGAUGAACAUGCUGGUCUCACUCUUCUGCAGGAAGUUCUGGUUCAGCCCAAGGCAGUGUUACACGGUGGACUCCGUCUUCAGUUUCCUCAUCAUGGGGAUCUUCACCCCAGUGAUGACCCUGUCCAGCGUGACCCUCUUCGUGCGGGUGCGGAGGAGCUCACAGCAGUGGGGGCGGCCGCAGCCCACGCGGCUGUACGUGGCCAUCCUGGCCUCUGUCACGAUGUUCCUCCUCUGCGCCCUGCCUCUGGGCAUCAGCUGGUACUUCCUCUAUUGGCUGGACCUGCCCCAGAACUGGAAGAUUCUUUUCCACCACAUGGCAUGCCUCUCCUCGGCCCUGAGCAGUAGCGCCAAUCCUGUCAUCUACUUCGUGGUGGGCAGCCAGGGACGCUGGUGCUUGCGGGAGCCCCCGGGGGCCAUACUCCGCAGGGUGCUGAGGGAGGAGCCUGAGGGGGAGGGGAGGGAGACACCCCCCACCAGCACCAACGAGCUGGGGGCCUGA